UUAUCGAUGGUGAACUUAUUUUGUCGAUAUUGCCGCAGGGUGGCAACAUUUGGACCGGGUGGCAGUCUUCCUCACCAGUGUCCGAACGAUUCGAUACAAUUCUAAUGCAAAUUGCGAUGAGCGCAAUUAAGAUUGAGUUUGCAGUUAAAAUAAGGAAAGACGACACAAAAUGCGUGGACAGCCUGCAACGUGCACUGGAGGGCAUGGGUCACAUUGAAAUAGACCCAACCGAGGGUCGUGUGGUCAUACAGACAACAGCACCGUGGUCUGAAGUGCAGGACAAAAUCGAAAGCACAGGUCGACAGGCAGUGCUAUCUGGAUUCGGAGGUCAAUCGGCGGUUGCCCUUAUCAAUACAACUGGAUGCGUUGUUGACAAGACUCCUGUGCAGGGCGCAGUGCGAUUUACAACAAUUGGCGCACAUCAGGCGGGCGUUGUUGUGGACGGCGUAGUGGAUGGAUUGGAGCCGGGACUACAUGGUUUUCAUAUUCACGAAAGCGGUGAUGUAUCUGAGGGCUGUGCAUCAGUUGGCGGCCACUACAAUCCACGCAAAUCUCCACAUGGCAGUCCAGAUGCAGCUGCAUCGGAGCGACAUGCCGGCGAUUUGGGCAACAUACGUGCCGAUGAAACUGGACGUGCAACAUUCCGCUUCGUAGAUCCCGUUCUGGAAAUGUGGGACAUCAUUGGCAGAUCUGUUGUCAUUACAGCCAAUGCCGAUGACAUGGGACGCGGGGCAAACGCACAGAGUCUUAUCGAUGGCAACUCGGGUGAUAGGAUUGCUUGUGGCAUUAUAGCGCGUUCAGCUGGAAUACUACAGAAUUUUAAGAGAAUCUGCGCCUGUGAUGGAGUAACACUUUGGGAUGAACGGAACAAACCGCUGGCGGGCAAGGAACGUUCUCAAAAACUGUGAAAAUUUCUUAAAUUGUAGAUAAACUCGCAUUGUGUUGGUUGUAGGUGUAGGUCUGUAAAUAUAUUUGUUAUCUGUAA